AGUGCAUCUGAACGGGUUUGAAAACAUGUCAAGAUGCCUGGUCACGUCGAUUUUAUGCCUGUAUAAAAGAGCACCCACUGCAGAUUGAUUUUAAAGAUAAGCAUACCGGUGCAAGAUAAUCGUUGAGCGAGCCAUUUUAAUUGAAAACAGCAUAGGUAUGAAUCUGUGGAACAUGGAAUCGAAAGUUGUUACUGCAAAGGAAAGAUUGGGUUAUUCUCUCAAACAAUAUGGGGCAAUACAGAUAAUUCUUGGCCUAGGGUGUUUGAUCAUGACAUUCGUGUCAAUUGGGAUCGACAAGGAAGUUGCUGACAACCUGGAGACUAAAAAGAUUGAUAUGAUAAAUGUCACUCUCCCUACCUAUUCGAUUGAUAAGAAAACCAUUAUGCUCGGACUAGAUGUUGGAUCCUUGAUUUCAGCUGUCUGGAUUGUUGUCACAGGAGUUCUCCCAGGUUAUAUGGCAAGACAUGCAGACUACAGCUUGAUAAAAACUAAAGUGUAUUUCAUGGUUUUUAGCAUUAUGGCAGCAUCCUUCUUCGUGCCCUUGAUUGUUGGUGCAGCAUUAACUAACUUUAUACUGCGUGGUAGCCACAGGGAAUUGCUUGUCAUAACAGGCCUUAUAUCCCUUCUAGAAUUCAUUGUGUCCUUUGCUGCGUCAGUCCACUGCUGUGCAUCACCAUGGGCUGCAUGCAAACUAGCGAAGAAAGACAAACAAGUGAGAAGCGAACAAUACGUUGACAACGAGAAGCAAAUGACAAAACUAGAACUUCCAGAAUAUCAACCAUGAUCAAGCUAUUCCCUAUGGACUAUACAAAGACUGCAAAACCCACCAUGAUCUUUUAUUAACCAAAGCAAGGCUUCUGUAUUGCAUAGUUUAGUUUAUGUCUAUUGUGUCUAAAAGUAUUUUGGAAAAUAAAAGGGCUAACGGUCAAGUUUUUUUGGAUUAAA